ACUUGUCCGAGAAAAAUAGAUUGAUAUUAAUAAAAUCGUGAAUAAAAAUAUUUCAAUUUUUUUUCAAACAAAAAUGACCACACCAACAUGUUUAAUUGAAUUCAAGAACAAUCCCGAGAACGUUGUGUACGCCGAUAGCGUUGCCACUUGUGUGGUACAAUUAAUAUUACCAGAGAAAAUAAUUGUCGAUGGUGUUUAUAUUUUGAUAUCGGGAGUAGGAUAUGCUAAAAAGAAACAAUACAGUGGCAGACGCAGACGUCAGGCAAAGUUUGAAUGCAACCAGGUUUAUUUGAAUGAAAGAAUGAUCUUCAUUAACACUAGGGGAACGAUACUUACAUCCGGAACACAUAUUUAUGAAUUUCCUUGUAGAUUUCCAUCUAAUCUACCAACAUCAUGCGAAGGAAACAUUGGCUAUAAAAGAUAUACGACAACAUUCACACUUAAAUUGCCAAUAGAUUCAUAUAAUUUUGUAGUACCAUUCACUGUGAUACGUCCAAUUGACUUAAACACAAUGCCACAUCUACGACAACCGAUCUAUCAACAAUAUGAAGAUUAUUCGUUGUGUCAUAUGCUUUUUUGCUGCAGUUAUGCAUUUGUGCAAUACAGCAUUGAAAUUCCAGUAGGCGGUUAUGUUCCAGGGCAAAAUAUAAAUAUUAAAAUAAAAGUAACCAAAUCCGAAAAUCAAACGAUCCGUGAAUUCGUGGCAGAACUUUUCAAAAUAAUCGACUACAAAAUGACAGAAACUGGUUUAUUUGUUAUGUUUCCGGAUACGAUACAUGUCAACGAAUCUUUUUUAUUGGGAACUGAUAAAGUAGAUGCAUCAGAAAUAUCGCAAGAAGGAACCGUGCACUUAAAUAUUCGUGUACCAGCUGUGCCACCAACAGAUCUACAUCCUGACGUCGUUAUAAAAGAUCAAUACAUACUUCAAGUAUCGGCUAAUGGAGGUUCUCACAGCCUGGAUUUACAAAAAUUUAAAAUUCCGAUCAUAAUUGGGUCAUAUCCUUUGCAAGACGCACCAUCACCUCUUCCUAGCAAUUCUAUGCAAUCAAAUGGACUAGCCCUUGAUGACAGCGCUUCCGUAUCACCAAGUGCUCCAUCAUUUCCGGAGAAUUUAUCGGAUGCUCCAAGUGAUGAACCUCCACCAACAUAUGAAGAAGCCAACUAUUUGAACGAUGGCUCGUUCAAGCCAAAGUAUCCAUCAUUCAAACGUAAAACUUCGUAUUCAAAUUGAUUAAAAGCACUUUGCAUUUUGUUCG